AACGAAGGGGUGAGUACCAGCUGGUAUGCAUCCUCUGAGGUGCUAAAAUGAGGUACAUUGGUGUUACAAUCAUUUCAUUUUAUUGCAGACCUCUGACUACCUAAUAUCCAGCUGAAUCCAUGGCCAGAGCACAUAACGUGACCGAGUUCAUCAUCACCGAGCUCUUCCAGGACGCAGAGGUGCAGAGAGCGUGCUUCGUGCUCUUCCUCCCCGUGUACCUGGCCACGCUGGUGGGCAACGGCCUCAUCGUCCUGACGGUCAGUGUCAGUGACAGCCUGCGCUCCCCCAUGUACUUCUUCCUGGGCUACCUGUCCCUGGUGGAGAUCUGCUACUCCUCCACCGUGGUCCCCAAGUUCAUCGCGGAUCUACUGUCCAAGAUGAAAACCAUCUCCUUCAAGGGCUGCCUGACCCAGAUCUUCUUCUUCCACUUCUUUGCGGUUGCUGAGAUCCUCCUGCUGGUGGUGAUGGCCUAUGACCGCUACGUGGCCAUCUGCAGACCUCUUCAUUAUAUGACCAUUAUGAGUCGCCAACUGUGUCACAUGCUGGCGGCUGGCUCCUGGCUGAGGGGCUUUUUUCACUCAAUUCAGAUUCUGGUCACCAUCCCUUUGCCCUUCUGUGGUCCCAGUGUGACUGACCACUACUUCUGUGACCUCCAUCCCUUAUUCAAGCUGGCCUGCGCCGACACCUUUGUGGAGGGCGUUAUUGUGCUGGUCAACAGUGGAUUGCUCUCCGCCUUCUGGCUCACCAUCCUGCUGUGCUCCUGUGUGGUGAUCCUGGUCAGCUUGCGGAACCAUUCUGCAGAAGGCAGGCGCAAAGCCCUCUCCACCUGUGCCUCUCACAUCACGGUGGUCCUCCUGUUUUUCGGACCUGCCACCUUCCUCUACGUGCUUCCCUCCUCCACCUACACUGAGGACAGACUGGUGGCUGUGUUUUUCACAGUCUUUACCCCCGUGCUCAACCCCAUCAUCUACACACUCAGGAACGGAGAGGUGAAAAUCACCAUGAGGCGACUGUGUGGCAGAAAGGCAAACUUGGGGAUGGGAAAGUGAGGAGAACUGUGUGUUGGUUUAGUGUUUGUUUUGGAAAUAGAUUUUGAUUUCACUGGGAGGGUCAGCAAUGACAGAAACAAUUAUCAGGGCUUUCUGUCACUGUUGAUGUGAUUCUACUUAGUAACUAAUGCCUCCUUGUGUUCUGGAUGUAAUGUUCAACACAGAAGUUAGAGAUCCUCAGUGAAUCUUACGGAACUUAAUCCAGUCAUUUCAUGGUUUUGUGUAAUGUGAAGACGAAUCAUGUUACAUUCAAAGAAUAUUUUGACUCCGUUUUUUAAAAGUUCCAUC